GUGUAACCGGAACUAAGAAGAACUCCAUUUCCCCGCGAGAAAAAUGGAGUAGGAAUGCUGCACCAAUUUCAUGGUCUAAAACAUAACCUAUAAUUGUGUAGUGUUUCAAAUAUGAUGCCAAGGAUGAUGCCGCCACGUUCAAGAGCUCCUGUUCCCAGACACGGUGGUCCCAAUUCGAUGGGUCCUGGACCCCAUAGAGGAGCCCCACCGAGGGGCAUGACCCCUCAAAUGAAUACAACCAGUUACAAUGCUGGUCUGGCCGGCCAAGUAGGAAGUGUAACUAAUGAUCCUAGCACUGCAAAAUCCAGAGUGUUUGUAGGAAAUCUGAACACUAUUGCGCUCUCUAAAGAAGAUGUAGAGCAGAUAUUCAGCAGAUAUGGAAUGGUCACAGGACUGUCUAUGCACAAGGGCUAUGCCUUUGUUCAGUAUGGCAGUCAGAUGGAUGCUAGGCGGGCCUGUGGUGCAGAGGAUGGGAUGACAUAUGCUGGUCAAGCUUUAGAUAUCAAUAUUGCCUCUGAGCCAAAACACAGACCAACAAACAAGACUUCGUCCACAUCUCAAGCUUCCAGUGGUGCAUCUCGAGUUCUCAAUACACAAAGUGGUCCCCCAGCAAAAAAGCAGAGAACAGAUUCUGGGAUGGGUGGAAUAAAAAGAACAUUGGUCAAUCUUACCUCGGGUAAUAGUUCCAGUGCGCCAGCCAGUAAAAGUAUCACUCAGCUUGCACAAGCUGCUAAAGAUGUUUUGAUUUGUGGUGUAUGUAAGACAACCUUCAGUAGCCUACACAGCUUGGCUCAACACAAGAAGACGCCGUGCCGACUCAAGAUCUCUUGUCAAUGUCAAAGUACCCCACCUCCAGAGUCCCCUGAGCCCACCCAGCUGGUGUGUGCCUCGUGCAAUGCGGAGUUCUCUGCUGCCUGGGAUCUCUGUCAGCAUGCUCAGCAGGAACACAGCCUCAGCAUAUACAAAACAGAGGAGGAAACAAUAGAAGUCAAAGAGGAGGUUGUAUUGGUGGAUGGAGACAAUAAUUCAGUCAGCGAGAAUGGCCAGUAAACUAAGGAGGAAUGUUUUUCUAGAUGUACAGGGGGCGGAUCCACAUCACAAGACUGGGCAUGCAUUGGCACAUUGUUAACAGUUGACUGAUCACCCAUAACAUUUUUCAUCCAUGAAUUAAAAUGAACCCUUUUCUGUCCUCCCCAUUGCAUCACUGUAUCUUCUCAUUGGUUCAUGUGGAAAUAAUUUACUAUCAUUCAUCAUGUGUUCAGUGACUCGUUUAAUUUAGUUGUUUUGGAGUGUACUGUGUACAUGUGGAUUUGCAUUCUUUGAAAUUUUUAAAAGACACUUGAUUCAUAAAUUUGUAAUGUACAUAGACUUUAUCAUGAAUUUGUCGUUUGUUCUGAAAUUUUCAGUCGGCAUCUGUUUUUUUUUUUUAACCAAUUUGGAAUUUACAUGAUCAUGUGUUUCCUAUGUUUAAUAGAGAUGUUCUUAUCUUUAAUAUCAUGGUUACAACCAUGUAUCAUUUGAUGUAUGGCUAUUUGUAAGUAUUCUUGGAUAUUCUGUAGGAUUUUGAUGUCAACUUCGUGUAUCUUUCUGUAGUCUUUAUAUAGUAUGAAAAAAAUGUUACCCAGCCUAAUAUUUCAAAUUAAUAAUAUAUUGUGGAAAGAUUUCUUUUUUUUUUAUUUGCAGCAUUUUCAUAGAUAAGUGCACUUUUAAAACAUUUGAUGAACUAUUAAAAUGUUUAAAACUUUUGUUUUCCUGUUGGGCCAUAUUGUUUUUCCAGAUAAAUUUUAGCAGUUUUGCUCCAUUGUUGAAUUGUACUUGAAAAUUUUUAUGUCAAUAAAAAAUGGGCUGGUAAUUUUCCUUUUGUAUUUUUUUUCAGGUGUUUGUAGCAAAUGACGUUUUGCCCUUUAGGUGUUUUUUUUUUUUUGAUAAUUCUAAAUAUAUUUUUUAAAGCUACAUGUAUCAGUUUUGUAUCAACACAUAAAAGACAAAUUUCAUAGCAUUUUAUUUCUUCAAAAGAAAUUUCAACUAAUAUAAGCCUCUUUAAGUUUCUAUAAUGAAUUAAAGUAUACAUGCAUAAGUUUUGAUUCCAGAAGGAAAUUUAUAUUUAAAGCAUGUGUACAUCUUUCUAAGAAUGCAUCUGUUCUAGAAUUAUGUAUUUUGGGACCUGGCAAAUAUACUUGGAGUAUUACAUGUAUUUUAUCUUAUGAACUCAUAUAAACUAGAGCUUCAAUUUGAGACCUCUCUUUUUUAACAAACCAAGAAUUUACAUGUAGUAUUGGACUUGGAGAUUAUCCUCAAUUAAAAGGUGGAUGGCAAAAAGGAGGUAUCUUAUUCUUUCAUAAGCAAGAUUGGUAAAUAUUUUUACAGUUUUGGGGGGAAACUGCAUGUAAUAUUUGUUUUUGUACAGAUAAGUUUGCUUAGAUAUUUUGUUUGUGAAGUUUUUAUUAGGGACUUCAUGGGGCAUCAAGAACUUAUUGAAAUGGUUGUGGUCAUGAAUUUUGCUUCAACUGGGAAACAAUUCUUUCCAAAAAAGCAACAAAUAUAUAAUUUCAAUUUUUCUUUUUAAUACAUGUAGUUGCAAGGGAUUUUUCCCCUCCAUUUGUCUUCAAGUCUUUUAUCAUUUUCCAAACCCUUUUCUGUUUAUACAAAUUAACAGUGCAUGUAGAUCCAGAAAAGAUUAUCUUUGUUUUCAAAAUUGGUUCUUAUGUGGAUAUUGUGUGAUAUUUUGAGAAAUCCAAUCAUGAUUGUCUUGAAGAGUGUUGGAACCUAUUUAAAACUAUAACACUAAAAAAUAUGGUUGUUUUAAGGCAGCAUUUUUUCAAAGGCAGAGAUUGCAGUAUUAAAGGUGCAGCAAAACACUUGCCAAAGAUUUACGAAUUUUAUCGUAAAAAUGGUGCAAUAUUAGCAUUCCAGCAUGUAUAUUAAUGUGACAAAUAAAGAAAUCGAAAAUAUU